AUGGGCAUCAUGAACCUCUACUCGCUCAUAGGAGCCUUCACGGCUGGACGAACGUCCGACUGGAUCGACCGCCGUUUCACUGUCGUCUUCGCCGCCGCCAUCUUCUUCGUGGGCGUGCUGCUCAUGGGCUUCACGGUCAGCUAUGACAUGCUCAUGGUCGGCCGCUUCGUGGCCGGCGUUGGGGUGGGCUAUGCGAUCAUGAUCGCGCUUGUCUACACCGCCGAGAUCUCUCCCACGGUGCCCCACGGCCUCCUCACAUCCUUCCUAGAUUUCUUCAUCAACCUAUGCAUCCUCCUCGGCUACCUUUCCAACUAUGCGUUCGUGCGCCUCCCGCUCUACCUCGGCUGGCAUGUCAUGCUUGGCAUCGGGGCGGUGUCGUCGCUUCUGCUCGCACUGAUGGUGUUCGUCAUGCCCGAGUCGCCUCAGUGGCUCGUCAAGAACGGCCGCCUCAUGGCCGCCAGGGCUGUGCUGGAGAAGACCUCUGCCACGCCAGAGCAGGCCGUGGAGCACCUAGCUGACAUCAAGGCUGCGGCGGGCAUCCUGAUGGACCUUGACGGAGACAUGGUGACCGUGCCUAUGACGGAUCAAAACAGUAAGGAGACACGUGUCUAG